CUUUUGUAGUUCUGAUUCUCUCGCUCUAACUUCUCGACCAUACUGCCUUUGUCCCAUAGCCAUCUGGCCCAUUCUCAGCAGAAUGUCACAAGGUUUGUCUUCGUAACAUGGGCAUCCUGGUCAUCUCCCCUCCCCCUGCUGGGUGCAGGAGAGCAUUAUAGCAUCCGGUUCCCCACGGCCCAGCACCUUGUGCAGCUAUUUAUGCCCGUGCAAAGGGGGAAGUGGGGGAGACGAGCCAAUUAGAAAGGUAGUGUUUUGUAAAUUUGUCAGUGUUGUAGAUACACCCAGAGGCAAAGGGAGUAUCAACCUCAUCCACCUAUCUUAAGGAUUUCCAGGAGUGCCCAUCGCUGUAGUAUAUGACCAUUACAGUGCUUUAUAAUACUAACUAUACAUUUUUAAAAAAAAAGUAAAUAUUUUGCUCAUGAUCUUCCGGCAUUAUUGACACUCCCCGCAAGUGACAUUGGAGCAGCCCCGGGGUAAAGUAUACAACAGAGGAAACUUCUGUGGUGGGCUCAGAUUCCUGGACUGACGGGCUUUGCAAUCAAGAAUGAUUCGUCUUCAGAAUUAGUAGUAUUUCAUACAGGAGUAAACUGAGUAUCUAUCGAGAGAGAGGCAGCAUAGUCCAAUGGACUGAGCACUGGACUAGAAAUCCGGAGGCAUGGGCUGUGUUUCUGACUGACCUGGACAAAUCUCUCCUCCUCUGUUUCCCUGUCCAUCUUGUCUAUUUAAGCCCUAAGCUCUUUGGGCAGGGACUGUCUCUCACUAUGUGACUAUACAGAGCCUAGCAAAACAGAGCCCGGAUCUCAGUUGGGGGCUUUCAGUGCUACUGUGAUUCAAAUAAUAACUAUACCCAGAUGAAGACCUGAUGUUAGUGGGUUGGCAUUGAUUAGAGCUUCUUUAUUCCAGCCAAGCCGGUCACUCUGCUGUAGUUUAGGUUCAUGUUUAACAGCCAGUUUUUCUAUGUGCUCUAAAAUCCACUCUGAUAGUUUGGAAAGUUGCAGUACCAUCAGUGGUUCAAAACUAGGGUCAUUUGAGCAAGGGAUUUCCAAGAUCAGCCCCCUAAAAAGUCACAUGAUCGCAAAUAAAGACUCCAGCCCUGACGCUCAUUUACACCAAAGGAAUUGCGCUGGCAGGGUAAAGUGGCCUUAAAGCAAGUGUAAAUGCAAGCCCCAGAGUGGUGUAAAGGGGCCGCACGGUAAAUGAGGAUCCAGGCCUCUUUUCAGUGAUGUUGACCCAUACCAUGUUAUAAAUUAACUCGGGGGUUAAUGGAUUCCCAAAGGGCAGGCUUGAGAAUAGGACAGGCUUGAGAAUAGGAUAUUUUGUACAUCUGCAUGCCUCAGGCUUGGGUUGCAUCCCCCUUGAAAAAUGCCCCCGGUGACUCACGCAGAUAAGGCAGCUGUUUGUUAAUUUGCUCCACGUUAAAAAGCAGAGAGGCUGCACUGAACGAAAUGAAACCUUUCAACAUGCCUCUGAGCCCCUUUACCAGCCUGACACCCAAGGAGCAUCUCUGAGCUGGCUGACAUGCUACCCAUGUGUCAGACGGAAUGACGGAUGUAGAGAACCAUGUUGGUAGAGGGUUGAUUUUUAUGAUCCUCCAGGGUGAUAACUGAAUGGCAAAUAAUGAGUUACUAAGAAAAAGGAGCCAUUUAUACUUUUACUGAGUACAAUGACAGGUUUAUGUUCAUUAUUUAAAAGCAAAAGGGAGUCUUUUGUCAAUGAAAAACACACCAUAAGGCAGGUGCUGACAAGUCUUGCGGUUCCAGACAGGAGUAUUUAUGAGCAUAAUGCUGAUCUGCAAGAGAUACACAAGGAUUAUUUCAGCCUUCGGAACAGGAGGUGAACACAUUGCGGGGCAAAAUCUUGUAAGAGGCCGCGGGACCCUUUGCCAUUAAUAUUCUGGAGCCACUUGGGUGUAGGGCGUCCCUGCUGUCAUCAUGCCUAAAGCCCCGAGGAUGAAGAGCUGGGAUGAGGGCUGCUGCAUUCCAGCCUUAGGGAUGGUUUUCUGCUGGGAGUUCAGGAGGAAAAAGCCUUUGCUCCGGAGGAAAGUGGUAUUUGGCCAGCGCUUGGCUGAGACUGUGGCAUAUGAACAGAAAUUUGGGCAGCACCUGGUUCCUAUCCUGGUGGAGACAUGUGCAGAGUUCAUACGCGAGCACGGCAUGAAUGAGGAGGGCAUCUUCCGACUGCCUGGCCAGGACAACCUGGUGAAGCAGCUGAGGGACGCAUUUGACGCUGGGGAAAGGCCAUCUUUUGACCGCGAUACAGAUGUACAUACGGUGGCCUCUUUGUUCAAACUCUACCUGAGGGAACUCCCAGAGCCGGUUGUACCCUGGUUGCAGUAUGAGGACUUCCUCCUGUGUGGAAUGCUUCUGAAUGCCGAUGAAAUGAAGGGUCAUCAGGAGCUAGUGAAGCAGCUGUCCGUGCUUCCCCGAGUCAAUUACAACCUCCUCAGUUAUAUCUGCAGGUUCCUACAUGAAAUACAGCUGAACUCCAGUGUCAACAAGAUGAGUGUGGAUAACCUGGCAACAGUGAUUGGAGUGAAUAUCAUCAGGCCGAAGAUAGAAGACCCUGCAGUUAUUAUGAGAGGCACCCCCCAGAUCCAGAGGGUGAUGACUGUGAUGAUAAGUGACCAUGCCAAGCUCUUCCCCGUGUCCAAAGAUGAGCCCCCUUCUCCACCCGCCACCCAAAGGAACGAUUCUAAGAAGAUCCAAGUGCCACGCAGUUCCGUGGGCUGGGAUGCUGCAGAAGAUCCACCAGCAUCAAAGGCAAACACUGUAACCCAAGGCCCAAGGAGAGAUGACCUAGAUACCAGCAGUCCCACUUCCUCCAGAGCAGCGGUCAGGCUGGGCGCAUCUCUUGAAGAUGAUGUAAACCAACCCAAAGAUUUGUUGGAAAUGUGGAAAAUACAGUCCAGGAAAAGAACUCAGACCCUUCCUAACAGGAAAUCCUUCCUAACUGCUUCCUCUCAGGGGGAGAAAGCCAGCAGCGAUAAAAAUGACAUAUUCAACAAUGACUUUUGGACAUCUUCAGGAAGUCAGUUGUCUCCUACUUCCCCGACAGAUGGACACAAAAGAACAUUGUCUCAGGAUCUUUUUAAGCUGCUCGACCUUCACCGGACUUCGACCUACGACAAUGUCCCUACCUGCCAGGCAGAGAGUGGGGAGAGUGCUUGCACUAGCCCUCUCAGCACAGUAAGCAGCACCUCCAAGAAAGAUUUGUUAGCAAACCAAAGCCCCAACCUUGUGCCAAAGGAACUAUCGGGUCCAAACAUCGGUGCUGAGGACUGUGGCUCUGGUCAGGAGAACCUGGAGGCCCUUCAAAAGGUGACCCUGGGGCUGAAAAAAGAAAUGGAAACGCAGAAAAAGGACUAUGAAGAGCAAAUUAAAAGCCUCCAGAAGGAGAACUACGAAGUCUGGGCCAAAGUGGUGCGACUGAAUGAAGAGAUCGAGAAAGAGAAGAAGAAGUUUGCGGCGCUGGAACUGAAGCUUCAGAAUGUGGAGCGCUCACGGGAAGACAUUGAGAAGAGGAACAAGGUGCUGGAGCAGGAGAUCCAGGACUUCAUGAAAUCCAUGAGUGAUCCCAGGGACAAAAGAAAAUAAGAGAACGGACCUGGAUUUGCACACACAUGGAGUACAGCUGCAUGGGGGAUUAUCCUCCCCCUUCAGAUAAGAAUUGCCAGACUGGAUUGAACCAGGGAUCUCUCUUGUCCAGAAUUCUGUUGCUGUGAAUGGCCAGCACCAGCUGGUUCAGAGGAGGGUGUAAGGAGCUCUACAGGUUAAUCUUCCUCUAGGGAAAGUUCCUUCCUGACCUCUAGUAGUGAGAGGUUGGUUUAUGCCCUGACGUAGGAGGGUUUACAUCCUUUUCAAAACUCUCUCUUUUGUUUUUUUAAUCCUACUCUGUUCAUGUUAUCCGUAUACAUGGUCAAUAAUUUUUUGAAUUCUGCUAAACACUCGGCAUGAAUAAUACCAUGUGGCAGGGAGUUCCACAUGCUGAUUGUACAUGAUACCCAUUCACAGUGGCCCUGAAGGAAUCUCUCUGUCACACACCAGUUCCCUGGCCUGAAGGGUGAUAACACUUGUCCGGGGAGAAAGACUGAUGGUUUUAAGUUUCUCAGAGGGGAACAAAAAUGACACUGAAAAACUGGAACCAGGAAUUUGGAAGAGCCUGUGGCCUUAUCAUUACAUAGGCGACUGCUCUGAGUUUGGUUGGACAUUGUACCGCAUCCUAUGGUUAAAUCCUUUUUCUCCAUCCUCUGCUCCUAGCCUGAGUGAAAUUACAGUUUUCAGAAUAAAGUCUAAAUUUUAGUAUUGCUGUCAUAGAGAUGGAUAAAACCAACUAGAUCACCUUAUGCACCCCUCCCCCCCAGAAGUUCAGUGCAGGAUUGUUCCCCAAAGUAUAUUGUACCGUCACACUUUAUAUUAAGGUUCCAUUUAUAAAUAGUCUAUAACAGGUUAAUAAAUCAUAACUGUUGUUUUAAUAAAUGGAUAGUCAAUCAUUUUAGAUUGUUGUGGACUCCAAUAGGCCAAUAGAUUGCUUAUAAACAUAACAUGCUAAUUAUGUGCUUUUAAUCACCUAUAACACAUGCGACUGAUGUCUGUAACCUGCUUAUAACAUCAUUUAUUAACCCUUCAUAAACGAUUUAUAACUCACAGAAUCACAAAAAUUGAGGACUGGAAGGGAUCUUGAUAUGAUCUUAGUCCAGUCCCCUGCACUGAGACAGGACUAAGCAUUAUCUAGACCUGGAGUAGUCAAUUAUUUUUUGUCAAGGUGCAAAUUUCUUGGUCAAGGUAUAGUCAGGGUCCAGAUUCCAAGAAAAUAAUUUAAAAAAAUUAUAAUAAUAAGUAAAUAUGUAGAUUUCGGAGUCCGUUCAAAAACGUCUGGUGGUCUGGAUUUGGCUCGCAGUAUACCUAUUGACGUCUCCUGAUCUAGACCGUCGCUGGCAGGUGUUUAUCUAACCUGUUCUUAAAAACCUCCAGUGACGGAGAUUCCACAACCCCCCUCGGUAAUUUGUUCCAGUGCUUAACUACCUUCACAGUUAGGAAGUUUUUCCUAAUGUCCAACCUAAACUGCCCUUGCUGCAAUUUAAAUCCAUUAAUUCUUGUCCUGUCCUCAGUGGAUAAGGAGAACAAUUUAUCACCCUCCUCUCUAUAACAACCUUUUAUGUACUUGCUUGGAACUUUAAUACAAAGGGUGACCUCCUACAACCUCAACUCGCUCAGCCAGUGAGGCCUGCACCAUUUCCCCUGAGAGACUUCUCUGCUGUGGUUUUACAGUUCCGAACUUAUAUAUGGUUUCACUUUAUUUUUUACCAUGGUGGCAAGCUAGGGCGUGGAAAAUGCAGCGUAAGGGCUGGGUUCAUCUCUCAUUUACACUGGCCUAACUCCUGAUUUACACCAAUGCGUAGUUCAGAUCAGAAUUAGAACUUCAGGGCUGUCUUCUGCAGACAACACUUUCACUGACUCAAUUCAGCCCUAAGGCCUUGUGGUAUUGGUUUGGCUGCUGGUUGCUUUGGCUGCUUCUUUUUCGGCUGACCACCAGUGGGUCCCUCACAGGCAACCCAGUUCCUCCUUGUGAGGAGCUCACAGGGCUCUAGUGCUGCUAUAAACUUUCAGAUUAGGAAACAAGUCAAUACAUUUGCAAAAAAACCCUGUUCUUUCAUUGGACAUUCAUACGUAGGAAUGAUUCAUACGUAGACAUGUAGAUUAAAAGCCCAAAAAGGACAACUGUAGUCCUCUAGUCAGACCUUGUGCAUAACACGGGCCACAGAACUUACCCACAGUACAAAAAUGCAUCUCAGACUAGUGCCUUAGUGGACAUGUAAAGGGAUGAGGCGUGGCGUUGUAAGGUAUAGCUCCAUUGUAGUUGGCUGGGUGCCCCAUGUACAGUAUAGUCAAUGGUGCUGCAUUAAUCGGACCUCAUAGGCUCAAAAGUUUGGCUCAAGUUCUGCUUGGGAAAGACUACGAACAAAAAAAAAAAAAGCAGAGAAAAAACAAUCGAAUGCCGAAAGUGUGAAACGCAGUGAGGAGUGGGGACAAUGCUAAUGCAAAGUACAAAUGUCUACUCUGUUUAUAAAGCACCCGUUUGUGCCAUCCUAGCUGUAGCAGGGCUCUUUGGUCCCGAACACUCAGCCCAAGCUCUUUAAGCUAGAAAUCACGCCGGCAUUUCUUUAAACUGAAACAACCUCGUGACAAAUCUGAGUUUCAAGUACAGGGAACAGAAAGGUUUGGGGAAGUGGAACUAUUUUUGGGAACCCUCCCAAAAAAGUCAUUCAUGGGGUUUCAGAAAACCUCUGACUUCAUCAGGUUCACCCAUCGCCAGUGCUCAUGGAAUCUUCUAAAAUCUGCAGCACUCCUUAAUGCCGCCCUUCCCAAAACCUACAUGACGGAAAUAGCAUUAGUGUGCCACCAGUAUCAUAGAAUAUCAGGGUUGGAAGAGACCUCAGAAGGUCAUCUAGUCCAACCCCUUGCUCAAAGCAAGACCAACACCAACUAAAUCAUCCCAGCCAAGGCUUUGUCAAGCCGGACCUUAAAAACCUCUAAGGAUGGAGAUUCCACCACCUCCCUAGGUAACCCAUUCCAGUGCUUCACCAGCCUCCUAGUGAAAUAGUGUUUCCUAAUAUCCAACCUAGACCUCCCCCACUGCACUUGAGACUAUUGCUCCUUGCUGUGUCAUCUGCCACCACUGAGAACAGCCGAGCUCCAUCCUCACUGGAACCCCACUUCAGGUAGUUGAAGGCUGCUAUCAAAUCCUCCCUCACUCUUCUCUUCUGCAGACUAAAUCACCCCAGUUCCCUCAGCCUCUCCUCAUAAGUCAUGUGCCCCGGUCCCCUAAUCAUUUUCGCUGCUCUCUGCUGGACUCUCUCCAAUUUGUCCACAUCCCUUCUGUAGUGGGGGGACCAAAACUGGACGCAAUACUCCAGGUGUGGCCUCACCAGUGCCAAAUAGAGGGGAAUAAUCACUUCCCUCGAUCUGCUGGCAAUGCUCCUACUAAUACAAUCAUUGCUGGAAAAAGCUUGUUCUGACGAUGUAAUGAUUAUACCUUGCGUUUUAUUGGCCCACUGUGUUGUCACUCAGUAGCCUGUGAGUGGGAGCUGUGGAUAAGCCAGAAUGUUCCUGCCCGUGUAGUUUGAAUUGAGCAUAGUCGAAUUAAGCUUUUUAAUUAAAAGCAGUUGUUAUUUUUUCUAA